CAGACGGCCGGUGGCCACCGUCCAAGACUCCUGUGAGCCGCGAGCGCGACACGAGCGCACACGUACACUCUUCUACGCCGCGAGAGUGCUAGGGAUGAGCCCCGGCGCCGGUACUGCCAAGAAGCGUCUCGGCGUUGGCGCCGUCGCCGGCGGGGGGUUCGCGCUCGGGUGCGGCUGCAGGGACGCCAAGGCCGUGGCGGUGGCGGUGGCAUCGUCGUCCGUGUCACCCUACUCUGCCGCCACCAGCGCCACGGAGACGACGACAUCGACGGCGACGACCGCGACGUGGCGCAGGGCGAGGACGACGACGCACCCGUCGUCGGCGUCCGGGUCCACGGGCACGCUCACCGUGCCCUCCGCGUCGUCGUCGUCCUUCCCGUGGGAGGACAUGGACGCCGAGGGCGAUGGCGAGGAGGUGGACUGCAAGAGGGAGAGCUCGGCGGCCACGACGAGCUUCUCCGGCCUGCUGCGCCAGCUCAACGAGCUCGAGCAGAGCGUCGUGUCGUGGGGGCGGAAGAGCGCCAGCAAGGAUUACUUGUCGCCGCCUCCGCCGCCGCCGUUACCAGCGCGGUCAUCAGCGAAGCAACGAGCUGUGCACAGCGGUGGCGGCGACAGCAAAGAAGGUCACGGCAACUUCUCUCCGCCGCCGCAGGCGCUGCGUCCUUUCCAGUUCCAGACUACGCAGCAGCACCGGAAGUCAAAGAGCAUGGACAAGGACAAAGCAGCAAGACAAGUUGAAGUGGUCCACUCCAAGCAACCGCCGCCGCCGCCGCCACCACCACCUCCAUCAUUGUCAGUACCGCCGGAGCAGCUCAAGGUGAAGAGCACGGACGACAAAGGCUGCAAGAAAGAAGCCGCCAACGUUUCCCCGGCACCGCAGGCCCCGAACCACCGGAAAGCAAGAAGCUGCGACGCCGGCGCCGGCACUGGCCCCGGCCCCGCGAGGCUCGACGGGAGCGUGGCCGUGGCCGUGGUGAAGCAGUCCGACGACCCGCUGAGCGACUUCCGGCGCUCCAUGGUGAACAUGAUCGUGGAGAACCGGAUCGCGACGUGCGACGAGCUCCGCGACCUGCUCCGCCACUUCCUCGCGCUGAACGCGCCGCACCACCACGACGCCAUCCUCCGGGCCUUCACCGAGAUCUGGGACGAGGCGUUCUCCGCCAAGACGGCCCGCGGCCACCGAGAGCCCGUCGUCGCCACCAGGACGACGACUCCGCCGCGGCCGCGGCCCAGGGCACCGACGCCGCCGCGCCGCCGGCACGCCCCGCCUCCGCCGGCAUGGCGCUAACGCGUACGUGUGGUCACCAGUCACCACUUGUUACUACAGUACUUACUAGCAGCAUUACGAACAGUGUAGCUGGCUCAUGCAUCGGUUUAC